AUCAGUUAUCUCCCUAAUCUGUCCCUACUUGUUUGAAAAAAAAACACACAUUGCGCUGAAAAGAUGCAAAAUACUGUUUAUCAUCUUCAUCAUUCAUCAACUUAACAAAAAAAAAAACCUUAUUUUGGUGGUCUAACACUUAACUAGGCAAUUAUCAAUGUCAUUAUGAAUCCUGCACCAGCAACUCAUGCAGAAGGAACAGGGGACCCCACAUGGGAAAAACUUAGAGAUUCAGAUAAAAGCAAAGGAACGAGGAAGCAAAGGCAAGAUUUCUGGACAAUUUGACAGAUGCAGUCAGUUUUUUUUUCUGUGGUACUAUUAUUAUUCCACCAAUGAAAAGGAGUAAACAGGAUGUGUGAUAGAUUACUGUAAGUACAAGUAAGCCAAAGAAUAUCUGUCAGGAAAUCUUGGUCUUGAUUUGCUAAAAUACUUAUUUUUUUUACUCUAAAAGGUAGAGAUAUAUAUCAAUGGGUAUGGCCUGAAGUUUGAAUUUUUGGCCAUUUUUGGGGACCUGUCAUUUUCAAUAAUAUGGCUGCAAAUACGAUGCCGGCUCUUAGCUCUUUGGAACUUAUGCUGAAACAACUCCAGAAAAAUGAGGAUGAUCAGCCAGAGGAUGUGCCUCCAGCUCUUCCAAGUCGCCCUGUCAUAAGGGCUCGUCUACCUCGGUCCAGAAAUCGGCCACCCUUUACUUCCUCGAGCAAUAUUUGUGAAGAUUAUGGGAGGAAAAAGGGCAGAUUGUGUGUUUCCAUUGAAUCAGAUUAUCACCUUGGAUCAUCUGCAUUUUUAGCUGAUUCGGCUAAUGGAUCAACUGAGGGAUUUGAGUCCAAAAACAAUGAAGAUGGUGCAGCAGAGAAGACUGGCAUCUUCGAUUGUGGAAAAGAAGGAAGACUGGAGCAGAUACCGGGGAGCCACAGAGAUCCUAAUGUUGAACAAAUGUGCUUGUGUGAUCAUGAUCUUGACAGAGGAGUUAUUACACUUCAAUCAUUUGUCCGUGGUGAAAAUGCAAGAAAGCAUUUUGCUAAAAAGAUGACAGCGAUAGCAGUAAUACAGAAACGUGUGAAAGGUCAUCUCAGAAGUAGAUUGUUAGAAGAAGAAGAUCCGGCAAUCAAAUACUUGCAAUCAAGUGUUCGAGCUUGGUUGGCAUGGCGGCACCUUAAUUCUAUAGAUCAAAGAGAAAAACUACUUACAUGGGAUGCUAGGACUAUGAAAAACCUCGAGAAGAAGGAUCAGGUGGAGGUUCCAUAUUCAGUUCUAGUUGAUCUUCAAAGGCGAGUGCUGAAAACGGAGGCGCUAUUGGAUCAGAAGAAAGAGGAAAAUGCUUCUUUAAGGCUACAAAUAAAGCAACUGGAGAGAAAAAGACAGCAACAUGAGGCAAAGAUGAAAUCCAUGGAAAAGACAUGGCAAGAUCAGUUAACAUCUAUGCAAGUGAGUUUGCUUUACAGUUUACUUCACUGCUCUUUCGAAUGCAAGUUUCAAUUCAUCAAACAAAUUAGACAUUCCAGAUCAACGAACACCCAGCUCAGCUAAAUUUUGCCUUAGAAUGAGGCAUUGUAAAGCUCCCUCUUGCUGAAAUGCAAGGUCCAAGGAUAAGCUGAAAUUUUGCUACUUAGCAUUUAUUUGAUCGGGCUAUUCGUGUAAUCUAUGCAUAGAAACACAUAAAUAUUACCUAAAGAACAUCUUAUUAGUUUGCACGUAAAGAAUUAAUUAGAAGUGAACUAGCUUGAGAAAAAUACUGUCUGUUAUAAUGCAGGAAACUUUAGCAGGAGCAGCAACUAAAAGGAAUCCUAAAAGUUCUGCGGGCAAACUUGGAAUGCUUUUUGCUUUACCAGAAGAUCAUGAUGAAGAUGAUGAUGAUGAUGAUUCACCCCUUACUAUCAGAGCAAGGCUGAAUUCCAAUCAGAUCAUCGACCACGAAAGAGCAAUGUCGGAUGAAAAUGCUGGCAUCCUGAUUCGAGAUGAGUUGGAACAGCAGGCAGCUUGCAGCGCUAAUCAAGAGGAGGAGCUACAGAAACUGAAGCUCAAAUUUAAAACAUGGAAGAAAGACUUCAAGACUAAAUUGGUUGUGGCAAAAACUACAAUUAAGAAGCUAGGCAACUCUGAUGGAGGGAGGACUAGUGGUCACAAGAAAUGGUGGGCAAGAUAAAAAGGAAAGAAGGGCUUUAAAACUGUGGUGUCUGUUCAGUUGUCAUGUGUUAACUCUUACAACACAAGAGGAAGUGGAUUUUCUAUGGACAAAUCAGCUGGCAGAUCGAAGGCACUUACUGAUUCAUGGGAUGCUGCAUUUUACAAUGUUAGUGCUGAUUAGUCCUCAUUCUUUUAUCCAUUUAUGAUGUAUCAGCAAACAAUCAAUCGUCCAGAAAUGCUGGAGAUUAGUAAGUACAAACAAAAUUUCGUUACCUUCAGCAGUUCAUCUCAAUCCCUUGCAAGUUUCUUGGCAUGGAAAAACUUGGUACCCUUUGAUCUUAGUAUUCAGG